AUGGGUGUUACCACCAUCGGUGCUGCUUCUGUUGAUAUCCACAGCAUCGGUAUUGCCGCCAUCGGUACAGUGCAGCUUCUUGGCCCCCCCUCGCGUCCCACUCCCCCCUCACCCCCUUCCUCGAGGUCUCUUUCUCCAACUCCCUCUGGCGCCUGGGCUCCCGCCUACUCCGCCAUAAAGACAGGCCUUCUUACAUUCCCCUCCCCCUCCUCCUCCCCCUCCCCCUCCCCCUCCCCCUCCCCCUCCCCCUCCCCCUCCCCUCCCCCUCCCCCUCCUCGAUGGCUCUUUCUCCGACUCCCUCUGUGGCGCCUGGGCCCCCUCCUCUCCGCCUGUGGGACGCUAGAAGCCUUCUCUCGUCCCCUCCCUCCCCCACUUUCUUCCCCCCCCAUCCCGCAGUCCUCUUGGGCCCCCCUCGCGUCCUCCUCCCCGCUCGCCCCCUUCCUGGAUGUUUCCUUCUCCGACUCCCUCUGUGGCGAUUGGGCUCCCACCUACUCCGCCUUGCACGCCCAAAUUCGCCAGGCUGCUCGCACCAAUGCCCCUGCGCUCGCACAAACUGCUGCUGCUGCUGCUGCUGCUGCUGCUGCUGAAGCAGCACGUGAAGCAUGGCCGGACGAGGCAGGGGGGCUAGGGGAUUUCCUCACAGGCCUCGCCACCGCCUUUGCCUGCGCGCUGCUCUCCCGCCGAGCCUUCCUGGUCCGGCACCCGUACCUCCCGCUUGCCUUUGCGCCGAACCUGGUGGACUGGUCGUGGACCCCGGACGUACCUGUCGAGCCGGCUCGGAGGCUUGCUCUGGAAGAUGGAAAACUGGGAGGGAGCGGAGGAGAGAACGGAGGAGAGCGAGGGGGAGACGGAGCGGGAGAGGGAGGGGGAGAGAGAAGGAGUGCGGGGGGUGAGAGGAGGGGAGGAGGGGAGGUGGAGGUGCAGGAGGGGGAGGUGGUGGUGGUGGAUUUCAGAAACCGGUUUGUGGAGCCUGAGGAGGUGUUUGCGAUCAUGGAUAAGGCUCUCAAUGUGCGCGUGACGUGGAAUAGAGGCCUGCUCACUUACCUCCUCGUACAGGCAUUUGAGAAGAAGUGGGCGGACAGACUAAAGGACAUGGGCAUGCGGCCUCCCUUUGCCUUUGGCUGCAUCCUGCGAUUCCUCCUCACGCCGCAACCAGCGGUCAUCUCUCGAGUGCAAGCCAUCUACCACCACCUCCUCUCCCCGCCCCCCUCCUCCUUCCGCCCAUCGCACCCGCACCCCUCCUAUGGCCCUUCGAACCGAGGGGUGGUGGUGGUGGGGAUGCAUAUAAGAGCAGGGGACACAAUGGUUUGGGAGGGAGAAUGGGGAUUCGGCGAUCCCAAGGCGUUGAAUGCCACACAGAUGGAUGCGCUGCUGUCGUGGGCUGACCAGUACAUAUCGUUGGACACAGAGCUGCGGUCUUGCGAGGUGCGCUGGCUCGUCGUCACCAACUCGCUGCCGCUCAAGACCGCCCUCUGGCUCAAGUACCCCCACAAGGCAAGCUCGCCUUUUCCCCUCUCCAUCCACACUUCACGCACUGCUCUCCUCUCUCCCUCAUGCUUCCACCUCUCUGCACCUGUCGUUGCCUCGUCGUCACCAACUCCCUGCCGCUCAAGACCGCCCUCUGAUGUUCACGUGUUUCCUUCCCCCUCUCAUCCCUCUCAUACCCCUCUCCGCCCCCCCCUGUCAUCCAUUCGUGCAGGCAUUAGAGGACUGGCAUUAGAGGAGUGGUGGGUGCCCUCGCCCCCUUAUGAGGUGCGCUGGCUCGUCGUCACCAACUCGCUGCCGCUCAAGACCGCCCUCUGGCUCAAAUACCCCCAUAGGGUAUGCACUCCCUCUGUCCUCUCUACCUCUUUCACACUCGCAUUCCACACUCACUCCACUCUCUCACUCUAA